AGUGGCCGUCACCUGUCCGUUUUCAGGGUAAGUCAGAAGUUUUUAAUGUUCGUCUCAUCUACAGCUUGUUGUCAUAUACUCGUCUCCUCUAGACGUAAGUUAGCAUUUAUAGGAUCAACUCACGAGGAAACGUAUCGUUUUUAUUACAGACAACAGUUGUAAUAACUGCGCGGUGUUUGUUUUAAAACACUUUGCUUUACUGUUGGCGUAUUCCUGCAUUUGUUUGCUGCCAUAAUCUGACUCGGGAGAGUCGUUGUCCUUUACGUAGUUACCCGUGGUUACGUCAACUGAAAGAGCUAACUGGAUAAAACUGGAUAGUCAAACAACAACAACUCUCGUUUCAACACUUUUGGUUCAGUGUUUAUGGUUCAUAGUUUUAGCUCCAGUUAAAGUCAGGAGUCAAAGUCGAUUCCAGACCUGUGGUCAGUGUCUGGCUAACAUUAUUAUCCGUUAAGUGACGUCGGCCCCACAAUGGCGGAGCCGUUUCAUUUAAACACACCGCUGCUGGAGAGCGCCACCAUGUCCAGAAGGGUAGGAACUACAGUCUAUUUAAAGAUGGAGAAUUCCCAGCCCUCCGGGUCAUUCAAGAUCCGUGGUAUAGGACACCUGUGUGGUCAGCUGGCCAAACAGUCCAGAGGAAUCGUCUGCUCUUCAGGUGGAAAUGCAGGGAUGGCUGCUGCUUAUGUUGCUAAAAAAAUGGAUUUAGCAGCGACCAUCGUAGUGCCGUCCUCCACCCCCCCACUGGUCAUUCACAGACUCUUGGAUCAGGGUGCUGUUGUUAAGACUGUAGGAAAGGUUUGGGAUGAUGCUGAUGCAGAAGCUCUCAGACUGGCAGCCAAAGAGAACCUCACCUACGUCCCUCCAUUUGAUCACCCUCUGCUGUGGCAGGGACACGCCAGCCUCAUCUCAGAGGUGGCGUCCUCUCUGGGUCCUGCUGUGAAGCCUGGAGGUGUGGUUCUGUCGGUGGGUGGAGGAGGACUUCUGUGUGGAGUAGUCCAGGGCCUGAAGGUCGUCGGUUGGACAGACGUGCCUGUUGUGGCAGUGGAGACUGUGGGAGCGGACUGCUUCAACGCCGCCGUCAAGGCUGGAAGAAUAGUCACUCUGGAUGACAUCACCAGUGAGGCUAAAUGUCUUGGUGCAAAGACUGUUUGUCAAAAGGCCUUUGAAUACAGCCAGGGUGACAGUGAGGUGACGAUCAUCUCUGAACUGGUGACGGACCAGCAGGCUCUGCAGGCUGUGGAAACCUUCUUAGAUGAGGAGCGUGUGCUGGUGGAGAUGGCGUGUGGAGCCGCACUCGCAGCUGUCUACAGUGGACUGAUUGGCAGAUUACAGGACCAAGGUCGUCUGCCGAACUCUCUGGCUCCCCUGCUGGUGAUUGUGUGUGGAGGCAGCAGUAUCGACAUGAACCAGCUGAAGUAUCUCAAAGAAAAACUACAGACCUGAGGCUUCAGGAGCAAAAACCAUCAAUGGUUCAGUUAGAAAUAUAUUGAUCAGAUCUGACUCCCUUCAGCAGAACCUGUUAUUCACAGUCACAACCAGAAAACCCAACUGAUUCUGUCUGUUGUCUGUCAGUUGUUUUUACAGGUGGUAGUGAAUGUUAA